AUCCUAUGAAAAGCGUGACUACCGCGUCUGUUGGAUGUGGGAGUGUAUUUCUUUUCUCACUUUGGUUACUUGUUAGAGCCAUGUCUCCACAUUUUCAGUUAAUUCUUUUCUUUCUCAUCGCUCUUGGUUAUGAAUGCGAGAGUAGGACAGGAAGGCGACUGAACAAGUUUAUCAGACACUACGAACCUCUAUACUAUGACCCGACUUCUUUGCACAACAUUCAUCGAAGAGCCGUUGAAAGAAGCACGCACGGUAAAUUCUCCUUUUCCGCGUUUGGGAAAUUCCAUCGGCUAAACUUGCAACCCGAUAGAGAGAUAUUUACAGCAGAUGCAAAAAUUCUCUCUGGGGAUGGAAAACCGAUACCUUUUGAGUGGGAUUCCGUAGUACGGGGGAAAGUGGAAGGCCGACCGUACUCUGAUGUGUACGGAGUUAUUAGCAAAGAUGAUGGCUUUCACGGAAAGAUAUUGAGUGGAAGCGAGAAUUACUACGUUGAUCCGUCAUCCUGGUACUUUGAUGAGAAGCAGGAUUUUCCAUCAGUUAUGUACAAAGAGGAAGACCUAGAGUACGAACAUAAUUUUGCAGAUAUCAAACAUAGAGUGCCAGUCUUUGCGGUUCCAGAGCGAGUUAGACGCUCGCUUGAAGGGCAAGACCGUUCCCGUUCUCGUAGACAAAGUGUAUCAGAGCUCGACAAAAACGCCUGUACGCUUAGUCUCUACGCCGAUAACUUUUUCACCAAGUUAUACGGUGGGAAAACCAAGGCGAUCUUUCAGCUCGUCAAGCAAGUACAGGCUGCUCAAAUCAUUUACACGAACGAAUUUAACGGCACAGAUUACUUCUACCAAAAAGGAAUAACUUUCCGCGUCAAGACCAUCGUUGCCUUCAACGACAGCGAGAAAGCGCCCAACAAUUUACCUUCCCAAGUAAAAGACAGCAACGUCGGUAUAGAUACCCUUUUAGAUCUCUUCUCUAGCAUUGAUCACAGUGGUGUAUGCGAGGCGUUUCUGUUUACCGAUCGCGAUUUUGAGGGCGGGAUUUUGGGUCUUGCUUGGAUCGGAGAUCCAAAAGGGAAUGCGCUAGGAGGAAUUUGCGAUGAUUUUGUCGAUAUUGGCGGAGGCAAGAAACGAAGUUACAACACUGGUAUCGUGACUUUGAAGCUUUACGGAAGAUUUACACCUCCGAGAGUUUCAGAAAUCACGUUUGCUCACGAGCUUGGACACGGGUUUGGCUCACAGGUAUGCCUAUGUUUUCCUACCUAAAGGUGGAACCUAAGCUUUCCUUGGAUUAGCGCUGUAAGUUGUAAGUUGUGAAUUAGGUAGGAAUUUUUAUACCGAUCCCAAUUCAUUUUGUACAUAAGUUGCUGGUUAGAUACAAAUUGCUGUGUAAUUCAAUCUUACCUCGCCGAAGGAUUUGGAGCCUGACCUAAUACGUGAAGGUCAAAUUACAGAAUUAACAGGCCGUUUCGCUACUUGACGAGUACGCUAGUGUCAAGUUCGCUACAUGUUCGCAACUUACAUGCCGAAUUCGCCACUUACUUCAUCCUAUCAUUCUACUCCCACGAUCUUUUAGAAUCAACAUCUUGUCCCAAAGAAAUCUGCCUUAGCGAAUUCGGCAUGUUAGGAGGGAACAAGUAGCGAAACCGGCGUAAAAUAAAGAUAAACGAUCCGCAUUAGUCAUCUUCUCGCUUGUUUUUGUAACAAACUAUAAAGAAAACAUCCAACUUGCGCGCUGCGUGUAAACAGUGACAUUCUUGAUAACAGUUUAUUUAUUUAUUAAGGAUUAACAUAUGAGAGAAAGGUUUGUUAUGUGAAAAGUUAUUCACUAAGAAGCGGAAAGGGAGGUAUUUAAUUUAGUUUACACAUCAACUUUACAGAGUACGAACGUGCCUGUGUAUUGUGAACGAAAGCUGGAAACUUUUUGAUCACAUGCUUUGUUUUCAUGCUUUAUCUCGUGAAAUCAAAUUUCACAGUUGUUGUUAAAAAAUUCGGUAAAAUUUCCGCACAGUCCCAUACUAUUGUAAAACAAAUCUGUUUUCCCAGUAGCAAUCUAUUGUUUUUGUCAUUGUUUUCUCUAUCCAAGAACUGAAUGCAUAAUGUAGUAUGGGGCUGUGCGGAAAUUUUACCAAACAUUCCAACUAGUUGAAAAAUUAUGAUUUUAGAUAUAUGAAAUUCAUGUCUUCUUUUCUUUGGACUCUCUUGCAAGGGCCUGGUGCCUCAACAUGUUUCCUAUCCCAACAUACUUCAAAAUUUAUCUAAUCACUUUGUAAUCACAAAGAUGAUAGUAGCCGAAAACAAAAAAAAGGUCAUUGAGCCAUCAAAUCUAUUUCACAAACAAUUUUCAGAAAAAAUGAGUGUUUAGUUUCAAUGGCAAUAUUGUCUGGUUGAACAAGUUCUACAUUGUGAUGAUGUCAUCAUCAAAUAUUACAUGAAUUUGAUAGCCACAAAAGUCUAGUGUUUUGUGAAUGAAAUUUGCCAUUAUCUGGUGCAAUUAUUCAUUUAAUUUGCUUACUGUUUAAACAGUUUUGAAUGUCAAACCUGUAAAGCCUUGGUCACAAUCAACAAAGACUUUUUCAGCGUUAUAAAACAUAUUUUCUUAAUGAUAUAAUUAGCAAUGAUGUGAUUAAUUUAUUUAUCACGAACAAUAUUGUGUAUGUGUGACUUUCAAAGUAGUUCCUGUUGUGGUCAUUUCUCAAAUUGGCAGAACUUGCUUGUUUUUCAAAACAAAUUAAAUAGCUGAAAUAUUUACUGGGAAUGUUUCUUUUCCUUAGCAUGAUCCGGAAACUGAAGCUUGUGCACCAGGGAAGCCUGAUGGUAACUUUAUCAUGUUUGACAAGGCAACAUCUGGUAUUGAACCUAACAAUGACAGAUUCUCACCAUGCAGCAAAGAUAGCAUCAAGGAAAAUGUCAACUUUAAAAGAAAUAAGAAAAAGGAUUGCUUUGUUAACCCUAAAGAACCUCUUUGUGGCAACAAGAUUGUAGAGGAGGGUGAAGAGUGUGACUGUGGAAAUGAUAACACUUGUGCUGAAGAUUGUUGCAUUCCAGCAAAUUCAGAUCCCAGCAAAAAAAAUCCUGGCCAGUGCUCUCUUAGAGUUAAAGGGGGUUAUGUUUGUAGCCCGAGCCAAGGUUGGUUACUCUGUGACAGACAGCCUUUGUAGUUAAAAUGUAUGAUUUUCAGGAAUUUGAAAUUAAGAAAUAUAUUUUUCCCUUGCAUAAAUAACACUUGUUUGUUCUUUUGCAUUUAGGACCAUGCUGUAGCAAAAUGUGCAAAUAUGAAGGACCUGCAGUUGUUUGCUCUGUCACAAAUGGCUGCACCAAAAACACAUCAUGCAGUGGCCAUUCAUUCAGCUGUGAUCCUCCCGAACCACUUAAGAAUGGGACCCUCUGUGAUGAGGGACGUCGCCUGUGUUACUCAGGGCAAUGUUCUACAUCUGUCUGUCUUAGAUAUGGCUUGGUUGAGUGUUCAUGUGAAGUGGAAAGUGAACUUUGUGAUCUGUGUUGCAAGGAAGUAGGAGGAGCAUGUACUUCAGCAAAACGCUUGACACAGGUGACAUAUCCUUCAUAAUGACCUAAAUAAAAGCAAAUUACUUUUUUGGUAUGAAAAUCAAUGGUCAUCAUGGAUUUUUUGCAGAGAUAUGCAGAAGUGCAAAUCUCUGCAGUGCCUUACCUCAGCUUGGGCAGUUUAAUCCUGCCAUAAGUGCUCAGUUAUUCUCCACGGUACAUGUAUGCCACACUGAUUAAUCCUUUCACUCUCAAGAUCUCAUCAUUAUUUCUCCGUACAAUUUCCCAUUCAAUAAUCCCCUAAUUCAUAUUUUUUGUGUUCUUUAUCACUUGUUUCCUUGAUAUUAUAUUGAUUUUGGAAGGAGAAAUUUUACCCUGGUCACUCACUGCAGAUUAUGUUAAAUCAUAAAUAUAGCUGAUUUUAUAUUCUUGGUGGUUUACUCUACUAUACUAGCCAUGUGGGCUCAAAGCAUGAAUGUCCCCACCGCAUUCACGCAAACAACAUGUAAAUUAAAGAUGGAAAAUAAGAGAUCAACCUUUGAUAUACAACUUAUGGGGUCAAGUUCACUUUAACAUCUUGGAUUGUUUGUAAUGCUUGCUUCCUACCUAUCUUCCUAUCUAAGAUUUAUAAGUUCUCAGAAUCUAAGAGACUUUUUUCACCAUAGAUGGCGACAGAACUACGGUCAUUGAAGUUGGUUCCAGGGACACCUUGUGAUAACCUUAAUGGAUAUUGUGAUGUAUUUGCCAUAUGCCGCCGCGUUGACAUGGAAGGUCCUCUUCUACGUCUCAAGCAGAAGUUCUUCACUGUGGAGGGUAAGAAAAUGAUAGCACCUUUCUAUUUUGUUCUUGCACUAUAUGAUGUGAUGCUUUUUACUUGUAUUGAUUUACCUCACUUUAAGUUGAGGUGUCUGUGAAGUGUGUAGUUAUCCAUUUGUGUGCUCUUUUUAUCAAAUUCAGCUUAAAAUGACUAUAGACUGUUAUAUAGUGGAAAAACUGAAACUUCCAGUAACUUGCCACUCUAUAUAUAUUAGUGUUGGCUUGUCCUUAAUUUUUACAGGAAGGAUAUCUGCACUUACAUAAAUAUUGUCAUAUUGUAAAUUGUAAGAAAGGCUUUUAAAAAAUGUUGGUAGUCUUCUUGUGAACUUAUUGUACAUGAUAUCAUGAUCCCAUUUCUUGGUUAUGCAUCAAUGUGUGCCAUUUGAGUAUCAGAAACUGGGAAGAAUGGGGUGAAGUUUCCUCAAUAUCUUGGAAAUUAAGGGAGGAGGGGUUCAUUUGUAGUAAGGUGCUAAUUUGAGGCUGGCCAAGGUAAUAAUUUAUGUGUUACAGUUGCGUAACCUCAAAGAAAUUGUUUAAAAAUACAUUUUUCUUCAUCAUCAGGCCUCAAAGAAACAGUUAAGAAGUAUUGGUGGGCCAUCAUGCUUGGUACAAUCGCCUUUUGUGUCUUCAUUGGACUUUUUGUCUUUUUGUGUGCGCGCUACACUCCAAGCAGUAAUCCUCACAAAGAGGCAAAGAAACCUGCCAAGACACUUCCAGGUCGCAAGAAGCGAAACCCUCAACAGAGGCCAGGCCAACAUGGAAUGGAAAUGGAGCCACGCGUAUCAAAUGCAUAGUUUUGUAAUAAACUUUUGAUAUCAGAAUGCAGGGCAAUGCUUCAAGAGGUUCCCUACAUGAAUUUUAUUUGAACCCUGAAAACUUGGUUGUAUUUUUAACCUUGGACCCAUCAUAUUUCACUUGAACAAUGUACCAUUGUACAGGUAUUUAAACUCAGUGAUGUUCUUUGCAUUCCUUUUUUAUGAAAUUCCUCUAGUCCCUUCCAUAUCUUCACAGAAUUGGUAGUCCUUUUUCAAAGCCUGUGAGAAAUUUUUCUCAUUUUGAAAAUCAUAUUGACUUCGGUUUUCCUUGGGUGUUCAAGUAUGGAACUUUUGAAGCAUUGACUUCUCACUAUCUUUGGUGUAUAUUUUGUGGUCAUCAGAGAUGGCAGGACUCGUUAUCGAUAGCUUUUCUACUAGUGGGUCUUUUUGAGUACCUGUGAGUGUGUAACAAGUAAUUGCAAGUUCAAUAUAAGAAACAUUGUUUGUACUAAGCAUCUCUAAAUUUGACACUGAAACUUGGACAGUUUGAAAUGAAAACAAAAGCUCAUCUAAAAUCAAUUAAAUUUAAAACAUUUCUUUUUCCCAUGUUUUUGAUGCAAUAGAAGGGGUGAUCUUUGAUUUUCCUCAAAUAGACUUCUUUCAUGAUUGCAGGCAUGAUAAUCAUGUGAAUAAGACAUCUUCAACUUUUUUUGAAUAAUGUUUUUUUUCAAACAGCCUAUGAAGGGCAGUUGGGGCUUCAAUAAGUUUUAAAUUAGAUGGCACAAACUCAAAUAGGCAUCUAAUGCAAGUUGGAUGUUUGCUUUAAUGCUGUUGAUUUCAGAGAAAAUAGGCUCAAUUUUGUUUCAGAUAGGUGUUGAAUUUCACCAGUUACUGGCUUUUAUUGAGAUCCCUGGGGAAGAAAGGCUAAUUGAAAUAGAUGUUACAAAAGAUUGCAAAUAUGCCAGCCAUUUAUGAAGGAGGUCUACUGGUUUCAAAAUUGCAUCUUCAAUCAGAGAAAAUGCAAUUAAAAUCCUUAUACCCCUGGUCAGAGUUUAAAAAAAACAGCCCCAAAGUGUCUGGCAUGUGAUUUCAUUGACAAGAGUGGCUCAUGGCCCCCUGUGCCCAUAGGCAAGCAGUGUGACUGCAUGAAAGUUAGUCUUAAUUUUCUAUUUAUUUAGUCCAAGGUUGCAGGAGUUUCACAACUUUGUUGUUGUCUAACCAGUGAGUGUGUCGCUGUUUUCUCAGACAACCUCUCUUGUCUAAUUCUUUUUUCUUGAAUUAUCUAAAAUAUGAGUUGGUAUGUGGACUAAUAUCGUUCCUUGUGGUCAAGGUUUUAUUUAUGUACUAGCAAUGCUGUUGUAAUUGAAACAUUUGUGGCAAUUGUAAGCCACUGGUAGGAAAAAAAAUUGGUUGUAGUAUAUUUUAAUGCUCUGUUAAAACAUUUUUGGAUGACCAAGCCACUACAAAAUAAUUUGUAACAAACAAGGUAAAUAUGUAGCUUAAGAUAAGUUGCAAUUCUUCUUGUGCUAUGUUAUUUAUAACAAUUAAAAAAAAAGUAAUUUAUAAAAGGUAACUCAAUGCAUAAGACAGUCUGAAAACUCAGUUCUGGCCUUAUGAGCUGUCAUGAACAUUAUUUCGUAAUUCUGUGAACAUUUUCCAUAUGCAUCGGUAGAAUUUUGAGUAAAAAGUUUCCUUUGUGCAUUCUUUUGAAACUCAUUUGUUGCCAAUAGCUUUUUGGAAAUACGUGUAAUGGAAAAAAUUCCUAGGAUUCAUUUUUCUUUGUGAGAUAUUGCUCUCAUUUUUACUUUGUGGGGAAGAUUGAGGCGUUGAAAUCAUUCUUUUCAAUUUUUUUUUUUUUACAAAUAUUCAGUCUCCUAAAUGACUGUUUCAUUUUUCGUCUAUAAACCAUAGCCGUUGUCAUCCUGCUCCAGGCCUUGGAUCUCGAUGAAGAGGCACAAAAAGGCCAAUGACCAACCUUCGUGCGGUUUUUCGCUUGUUACCGAUGGAUUGUCUCGAAAAUUGUAACUGCAUGCUCCCUACCCAUCUAGAUUUGAAUUUUCAAGACCGAAUUUUUUCUAUUUUUGUAUGCUAGUGUAACUUACCAUGAGAAAAUUGUGAAAUGUAUUUUUGUCGGAUAGCAAUGAAGUGAAACCAAUUUUUUUAACCUCCAUGGGAAAGUGAUGUAUAAUCUGCUCGUUAAGAACAAGACGUCACUGCCGAUGUACAGCUUUUUUAAAGAGAAAAACAGUGCAC